AUGAUCAUUACAAUACCGCAUAUACUUCGACGUUCACAUAUUACUUUUAUGUUGAUCGAAGGAGGACGUAAUACAGAUCAAAUACCAACCAAAAGUUUUGUAACAAAUUUUGCUGUGAGUGUAGGUAGUGUUGCUAUAGAAUUAAGACAGAUUCCUAAUGAGCCGAUUCGAUUUAUGACUGAUCCAACACAAAAAUCUCGUACAAAAGAUGCCAUUAUAGCGUGGACUUGGAUAACAUUUAUUGAACAAAAUGGUACAAAUCCAAAUAUUCUUCUUCAAAUGCCGAUGACCAAACGUGGAUGGAUAACUUGGACAACAGCUGCUGUCAAUAAUCAGCUUGUAUCGGCUGCUGUUCCUGUUGUCAUAAAUAUUUUGAAUCUUCAAAAGGCAAAAUAUGAUGCAUCAUUAUCGAGUAUGUAUAAAAAACGUUCUUGUCUAGUAAAAAUGUUCGAACAUUCUAUUUCAAGUCAUUGGCUGGAUGGACAUUCGCAUUCAGUGAUUACUACGCCUCGAACAUUACUCGAUAUCUUAAUAAUCCAUAUUUCGAGAAAAUGGCUGCCAUUAUUGAUCCUUAUGGUAAGACCCUAACUAAUAUAUAAGUGUUGCAAUCAGUGUCGAUCAUUAUCCAAUUGUGAAUCCCCAUAUACCCAAUUAUCAAAGACUUCUGUUUCACUACUAAGUUGCUUUUCUAAAAUAUGAAUAUGCACGCAUAUUGAAAGAUCUAGAAAGAAACUUGAUUCUAUCAUCUUAACUAACAACAAAAAUUACAGAAAAUCUAUUUUUUACGGUAACAGCAAAGACUCUACACAUCAGCUUACUCAUUAGCUACUCUAAAGUUAUUCAGUAAAUUUUUGUGUAUGUAGAGCGCAAUAUUAAAAUCAGUUGGGAACACAUUAAUUUUAAUUUUAUUUUUAUAUGAAGUUUUGUUUCAGGCAGUAAAGACCCGAUUCUCAACUUUAUUAAUCUCUUACUGAAAUUUUCAAGAUCGAUAGGCUUCAAUAGAACAGAUUCGAACUAGCAUGAUAAACACUUACAUCAUAUACUUUUGUAAAAAGAUGAUCUAAAAAUAGAAAAAAAAUUGCUUCUAUCGAUCAGUAAGGAAUCUUAAAUGGAAAAAAAGAUUCGCAGCUAACCGUUACUGUUUGCAAUACUGCAAGAUAUGAAUUUGUUUUGAUUGCACGUUUCUUAAAGCGUAUUUUGAUCGAUUUGCUGAAGUAAAGUUGUUUCAACUGCAAGCAGCCAAUGAUGAAUUCUUCGUACUGGAUGGCGAGGUAAUUUCAAUGUGAUUUGAAGUGGCAUAUGUAUAAUUUCGUAGGAGUAUUUCUGGAACGAUCUACAAGUGAAAACUGGUGGUUCGUAUCUUCGGUAAUAAGAGA